GCAGAGACCCCCCGAGGCGGGGACUGGCCCGGCGGGGCGGGGAGGGGCGGCGGGCCCGGACGGAGCCCCUCUCUCUGCGGGGCGGAUUCCCCUAUGGCCAGAAGCUGAGCUCCACUCCACUCCCGCCGGCCGCUCCGCUCGGAGAAGGGGGAGAAGAAAAGCGCGGAGAAGAGCGAGCGGGAGAGGCCGCCCGCCAGCCGGCCAGCGAGCGCCGCCUGCAGAAGCGUGCGAUCCGGCCUCGAGCGGACCCGUGCGCCCGCCCGGACUCCCGGCCGCGGAGAGCGAGGGCUGCCCGGCCCGCGGCCCGCGGCGCGCCGACCCCGGCCUGAUGGCCAGCUACCCCGAGCCCGAGGGCGCCGCGGGGGCCCUGCUGGCCCCGGACGCCGCGCGCGCGGCCAAGGAGCCCGAGGCGCCGGCCUCGCCGAGCCCGAGCAAAGGCUGCAGCGGAGGAGGCGGCGGCGGCGCCGGGACCACAGCCCCGGAGAAGCCCGACCCCGCGCAGAAGCCCCCGUACUCCUACGUGGCGCUCAUCGCCAUGGCGAUCCGCGAGAGCGCCGAGAAGCGGCUCACGCUGUCCGGCAUCUACCAGUACAUCAUCGCCAAGUUCCCCUUCUACGAGAAGAACAAGAAGGGCUGGCAGAACAGCAUCCGCCACAACCUCAGCCUCAACGAGUGCUUCAUCAAGGUGCCGCGCGAGGGCGGCGGCGAGCGCAAGGGCAACUACUGGACGCUGGACCCGGCCUGCGAGGACAUGUUCGAGAAGGGCAACUACCGGCGCCGCCGCCGCAUGAAGCGGCCCUUCCGGCCGCCGCCGCCGCCCGCGCACUUCCCGCCCGGGAAGGGGCUCUUCGGGGCCGGCGGCGGCGGCGGCGGCAUGGCGGGCGCGGGGGCCGACGGCUACGGCUACCUGGCGCCCCCCAAGUACCUGCAGUCCGGCUUCCUCAACAGCUCGUGGCCGCUCCCGCAGCCGCCCUCGCCCAUGCCCUACGCCUCCUGCCAGAUGGCGGCGGCGGCCGCGGCGGCGGCGGCGGCUGCAGCGGCGGCGGCGGCCGGGGGCCCGGGGAGUCCCGGCGCGGCCGCCGCGGUGGUCAAGGGGCUGGCGGGCCCGGCCGCCGCCGCCGCCUCGUAUGGGCCGGCGUACUCCCGCGUGCAGAGCAUGGCGCUGCCCCCGGGCGUGGUGAACUCCUACAACGGCCUCGGGGGCCCGCCCGCCGCGCCCCCGCCUCCGCCGCCGCCGCCGCACCCGCACUCGCACCCGCACGCGCACCACCUCCACGCGGCCGCCGCCGCCGCGCCCCCGCCGGCCCCGCCGCCGCCGCACCAUGGCGCCGCCGCCGCGCCGCCCCCGGGCCCGCUCAGCCCGGCCAGCCCGGCCGCCGCCGCGCCCCCGGCGCCCGCGCCCCCCAGCGCGCCCGGCCUGCAGUUCGCCUGCGCCCGGCAGCCCGAGCUCGCCAUGAUGCAUUGCUCCUACUGGGACCACCACGACAGCAAGACCGGGGCGCUGCACUCGCGCCUGGAUCUCUGAGAGCCCGGCGGCGGCGGCGGCGGCGGCGAGGAUGCGGGGACAGACGUGUGAUGCCGGCCAGGGCCGCAGCCGCCACGGUCGCCAGUUCGGACCGCGUGC